AUGAUAGGAAGUACAACUCCAGGCGCAGAUCACAGCUUUCAAUUGUACGACCUCCGGGUCGAAGUGAUUUGCCCACCAGGAAAGCGCAUCAUGUGCGGAGCCAAAGCCGAUGAUUACUUUACAAUGGAAGGCGAGAUGCUCAGGCUCCCGCCUGGACAAGGCUUCUCCAUAUACUCACUAGGCGCCGUGCUCCCUCUACUUGCGGCCAAGCAACGCGUUUCGUCUCCUUACGAUUGGAUGUCCUCCGACAGCGACGUCGCCUGUCCGGAUCCGAACUGCCCAAGCAAAUUGCGGAUAACACGGACGGGCCUACGGACAUUCAGAAGGGGCGACACAACAGUCACCCCUCUACCUGAUACUGCUGCACCGAGUCCGAAUGUCAGGGAACUCUCGCAGAGUCUUUCUGUGUCCGACGAAGUAUCCAUCAUGACGGUGGAACCGGACACUCCACGGGCAGAUCCGGCGUCACCAUUGUUCACUGAUGUUGAUGCGGAAGAAGUAAAACCGGUAGAAGAAACAUCGGCAGAGGAGAUCGGCGUUACUCAGGCAGAGGACCUCCACGACCUCCGAGGGGAAGCAGAUUGUAAUUCUUUGCUCGACUACCUUAGAGCUGACUGGGGGUGA